AGUCGAGAGGCGACAAUUGACCGACAUAGUCAGCUCAAAUUCCCGCACUGAUCCUGUUCGUUUGAGUACAUUUUUAAAAUGAAAUUAUUAUUUCGAUUAAAAGGACUUCCCUUGCAAAAGCUAUGGUGUUUGAUGAUGGUUAUACAGUUUUGUCACUGUGAGUCAUGUGAUCGAAGGCCACUAGGAACGAAGACAGACCCUCUUCCACCCGACAAUCGGUUUCAAAUCGAAAUCAUUGGAAUCAGCGACAAAAUGUACAUCCCUAAUAGACAGUACACAGUUCGACUAUUUGCAUCUGACGAUAUUUCUACGUUUAUUGCUUUCACGAUAUCGGCCCUCGAAGAUACGAAACCAAAUGAAAAAAAUCGUCGAAAACCAAUCCCAUUGAACGCUGGUAUUAUUUACGCACCAUCAAACUCUACUGAUUCUAGACUGAGUUUGACAUGCAAUAACACUGUUAUACAAACUGAUAUCACACCGAAAACUUCUGUACAGGUAAAGUGGCGUGCACCACCAAAAGAUAAUAAGUGCGUAAUCAUAUACGCACUGCUCGCUGUAAAACCAGAUGUUUGGUACAGUUCCGAAGGUCCACUGUCGAAACAGGUGUGUGAGGAUCGGCGGAACAUGGAAGACAUACAGCCAAUGCAGAACGAUAACUGUACAAGUUGUGAGGACGCUAUGUAUCUUCUAACGUUUGAAGGUAUUUGGUCAUACAACACACACAGGGAAAUGUUUCCAAACGCAAGUGAACUGGCGCGCUUUAGUGACGUUGUAGGCGCAUCCCAUAACAAGAACUAUCAGAUUUACAAAUUCAAUACAGAAGCUAGUGCGGGCUUGAAGAUGCUUGUUGAGCAAGGAAAUACAACGAAAUUAGAAAUAUUGAUUCAAGACGAGCUAGGGUCAUCUGUCCGAUCGAUAAUAAAAGCAUUAGGACAACCGAAACCAAACAUGUUAACUCAUGCAACUUUCCGCGUAACAAGGGAACACCAUUUAGUGUCGUUGGUUACUGCUAUCAUACCAUCUCCAGACUGGUUUCUUGGAGUGUCUAAUAUGGAAUUAUGUGAAGUUACUACGACUAAAUGGGCACCGAGCUUAACUUUCAAUUUGUAUGCUUUAGACGCUGGAACUGAUAGUGGACUGACUUUUGAGUCUCCAAAUGAAGACACAAUGCCACCUCAGGCCAUCAAAUCGGCCGAUAUAAAUAAGUUACUUCCAAAGGAACAGUUGAAGCCUUUUGCGAAAUUACAUUUUAAUCUGAUGAGGACAUACUUCACUCCUGAAUGCACAAAUGAAUUACCUGAUCAAGAAAGAAAAGAAGAGGAAAAAGAACCUGAAUCUACCGAAGUAUCGUCUGCAGCUACACCAGAACGUGAAGAGCCGGGUCCAGAUGUGAGUUCCACUGAAGAUUGUCCCAUGACUACUUGGGAAGAGUGGUUGUCGUGCGAAGGCGAGUGCUCUGAAGGUCGCCUGAGAGGUUAUCAAUCGCGUUUCCGUUACCACCUUAUAGAUGGCGUCGCGGUCGGAAAAUAUAGUGAUAAUAGUCCAUCUUCUGAAGAAAAAGAAGUGCCACAAAAUUGUGCAGAUAAUUAUCCAGAUAUGGAAACAAGAGGUUGUGAAGAAGGUUGUGAGGAAGAGGAUAAAGUUUCCGCUGACAGAAGAACGUGGUAUGAGCAGGAGGGGAAUAUUUAAAUAAGUUGUAAAUAAAAUGUCAAUAACAAAAUAUAGGUCACUAUAAAUAAUAUGAAGUCUAUUGAAACAAUAUAUUGAUUUCUUCACUCUUUAUGAACUACUUAAAUUAUAUCUACUGAUUAUAAAGAUUAUAUUUAUACAAUAAAAAAGUUAAACACUUGCAAA